AUGCCAGCUCACUAUCAAGUAGACACUGAAGCCAUUCAUAGCUACAACGAAGGUCGUAAAGAAGUAGUAACUGAAGACGUUCGGACAGUCAAUGGAGCUCAAAAUCAAGAAGUCACUGAAGCCGUUCAGAGAGACAAAGAAGCUCAAAAUCAAGUAGUCACUGAAGCCGUUCAGAGAGACAACGAAGGUCGUAAUGAAUCAGUAACUGAAGAAGUUCGGGCAGAAAUUGAAGCUCAAAAUCAAGGAGUCACUGAAGCCGUUCAGAGAGACAACGAAGGUCGUAAUGAAACAGUAACUGAAGAAGUUCGGGCAGAAAUUGAAGCUCAAAAUCAAGGAGUCACUGAAGCCGUUCAGAGAGACAACGAAGGUCGUAAUGAAACAGUAACUAAAGAAGUUCGGGCAGAAAUUGAAGCUCAAAAUCAAGUAGUCACUGAAGCCUUUCAGAGAGACAAAGAAGGUCGUAAUGAAUCAGUAACUGAAGAAGUUUGGACAGUAGUUGAAGGUUGUAAUGAAGCAGUAACUGAAGAAGUUCGGACAGAAAAUGGAGCUCAAAAUCAAGCAGCCAGUAAAGCCUUUCAGAGAGACAACGAAAGUCGUAAUGAAGCAGUAACUGAAGACGUUCGGACAGAAAAUGAAGCCAAUGCCGUGCUGAAUGCUUUUGAUGAAGAUUCAAUGGAUUCCUUCGAGGAAAUAACAAUGACGGAAGAAAUGCAAUACGAAUAUGAACAAACGCUAGGCAGAGGAGGAAUUGUCGCUUUGCAGAAAAAGAUAAACUCGCAGUUGAACGAUUGGAAAAAUACAGAGAUACGGUUUGCUAUCAUUGGUGAAUCAGGAUCAGGCAAGUCCUCCUUUAUAAACGCAAUGCUUGGACUUAGUGGGGACGAUCCUCAAGCGGCAAAGGUAGGCUGCAAUGAGUGCACGACAGAAUGUCAAGAAUUUCAACACCCUCAAAAGAAGACAUUAUUUUUUAAUGAUCUUCCUGGUGUAGGAACCUCAAAUUUUAAGAGAGAAUCUUACCUAGAAACGGUGCAGUUUCAACGUUUCCACUUCUUUAUAUUGAUAACAAGUUGUCGGCUUAAAGAAAACGACAUAUGGCUAGCUGAAGAAAUCCUAAAGAAUAAAAAGCACUUCUAUUUCGUCAGAACCAAAAUAGAUGCCGACAUAAGAUCGGACAAAAAAGCCCAUCCGUCAACACACAAUCAAGACAACUUGAUUCAAGCCAUUCGAACCAAAACAGCCGAACAUUUGAAAACAGCACACAUGAGUCAAACCAAUGUUUUUCUGAUAGACAAUUAUGAUACAAGACGUUUUGACUUUGAUAAACUGAAUGAAAGAUUCAUUCUCGACGCAUCGUCACACAUAAAGAAAUCAAUGAUCUUUUCGAUAUCGACAGUAAGUUCUGGCAUUCGAAAGGAAAAGGUCGCUGCUCUUCGUUCGCGGAUAAAACGACAGGCAUUGCUUGCUUCGAUCGGCUCACUUACCCCGAUUCCAGGAGUUGGAUUAGCUUGUGAAGUUGCAAUACUUAUGACGGAAGUGACAUUUUACAAAUUACAAUUAGGAACUGAUGCAGAAACCAUGGAACAGCUGGCAGCAAAGAUGCGUAUAUCUUUGGAAGCGUUGUACGCGAAAACCGGUACGACUUCACACAUUCUCUUAGCAUCAAAAGAAAGCUUUCUUAGAGUUUGUGCUGAAAUUGUUUUGUCUGAAACGUCAGAGACCCUACUUAAACUGACUAUUCCUAUUUUAGGAAAUUUAGUGUCUGCAGUGGGUACCUUUCCUGUGUGUUGCUAUACAUUGAACAGCUUACUGAACAUGUGCAAUAAAGAGGCUAAGAAUGUGAACAAGGCGUUCGAGGAAAGUAUGGUUAACAAAACAUGUAUCGAAAUCGAGUGAUUUUAAACGAACCAACACUGUCAAAAACAAACGUGUACAAUGUAUCGCGUUCAUCAGCCCGGGAUUAUUUGGUGUUUGCAAAUGGCUCUUAAGCAGCAAAUCAUGAGAUCUUUUUGGACAGUAUAAAGUACUGUCGUAUGAAUUAUAUUAUUUUUUGGCAUGCAAGUAUAACAUUUCCCCCAACCUCAUAUCAGUAGAUCCAAUAAUUUAACCGUGCUAGAAAUUCUUAUCUUGCCCACGGACGAAGUCAUGGAAACCUUGUCUUGUGGCAAUAUUUAGAAUGCUUAUUGAUAUUUCUCGCUUCAAG